AUGUGUGAAAACAACAUAUCGGUGAUUUCCUUCAUCUACGGCGGACUUACAGCAGACGCCAUUAUAGCUUCUAAUUCAUCCUCCUUCCGUUACAUCAUUACCGGAGUUAGUCCUGAUAAUAACUGCCCUAUCAUCAAUACCCUUUCUCUUCCGUACGAAAACAUCUCCUUCCUUACCGAUCUCUAUUCUCGUGAUUAUUUAAUUAUUAUGAGAUGUGAGAACCCGGUAAAUGACUUCCGCUAUAUGGAUAUUUCUUCUGAGAGUUGUAGUGGUGGAAUUGAUGGUGAGGAAAUACAACAUUCUUAUUUAUAUGCAGUGGAUGAUUAUUUUGGGUCAAAUGUGAGAGAUAUAGCAGAGUCAUGCAGAAUAGAUAUGAAGGUAAAGAUGAACAGGUUGUAUGGAAAUGUGAAAUGCAGUAGCGAGUGUGGGUAUCCAGAGGUUCAUACUGAGCAUGUCAAUGGAAUUGAGCUUCGUUGGCGACCAAUAAGCUGUGAGCAACUGCAGAAGCAGCAACACAUAGAUAGUGUCCAGGAAGAGGGACGAUUCUCACUCCGCUGCUUUCUUUACAGCGUAGUAUUAUUUUGCCUUAGAAGUGCAGUAAGUAUUUUUGUUGGAAAAUUUGUUCUUGGAUCGCCCUUUGUGAUUGCACUUCUAAUAUUUAAAUGGGGAAAAAGGGAUUUACCCAUAUAUGACAGAGUUGAAGAUUUUAUCCAGAGCCACAACAAUUUCAUGCCCAUAAGGUAUUCUUAUUCACAAGUUAAAACAAUGACCAAACAUUUCAAGCAUAAGUUGGGUGAAGGAGGUUAUGGUUCUGUAUACGAAGGAGUGCUUCGAAGCAAACACAAAGUAGCUGUUAAGGUAUUGACUAAGUCUCAAAGCAAUGGACAAGACUUUAUCAAUGAAGUUGCAACCAUUGGAAGAAUUCAUCAUGUCAAUGUGGUUGAGCUAAUUGGAUUUUGUGUUGAAAGAACAAAGCAAGCUCUCGUUUAUGAGUUUAUGCCUAAUGGUUCUCUUGAUAAACACACAUUUUCAGAAGAACGAGGAAACUCAUCUUCAUUAAGCUACCAGAAAAUCUACGACAUUUCUCUUGGAAUUGCUCGUGGAAUUCAAUACCUACACCAAGGUUGUGACAUGCAAAUCAUACACUUUGAUAUAAAACCGCAUAACAUUCUUCUUGAUGAGAAUUUUAACCCAAAGAUAUCUGACUUUGGUUUGGCGAAAUUGUAUAGAAUAGAUCAAAGUAUUUUAACUUUAACAGCAGCAAGGGGAACAAUGGGUUACAUGGCUCCUGAGCUGCUGUACAAGAACAUCGGAAGCAUAUCUCACAAAGCCGAUGUUUAUAGUUUUGGAAUGAUGCUAAUGGAAAUGGCAGGUAGAAAAAAGAACAAAAACUAUGUAGAGAAUUAUUGGCAAGACUACUUUGCAAAAUGGAUUUAUGAUCAAUUUGAGGAAACAAUAGAUACAAACAAUGGAACACAAGAGGAAAAGAAUAUUGCAAUGAAGAUGAUUGUGAUUGCCUUGAAAUGCAUACAAAUGAAACCAGAUGAUCGUCCAUCAAUGAAUCAAGUGAUAGAAAUGCUUGAAGGAGAUGAAGUGCCUCAACACCUUCCACCUAGUCCACAAUCUUUGUUAACCUGGCAGACCAUGUCAACCGAUGCAAAUGAGCUUGAUGACAACUAA